AUGUAUCUGGGCGACUCGGGACAGUGUCAAGGAUGGAGUCCCUCCCGUAAUCUUCCAGCGAGAACUAGACGAAUCGCUCGUCGGCCCUGGUGCUUUUCCGCACGGAACCCACCACUACCGCUAGGAAAUCUCGCGUCUUCUCGACGUGAUGUUGGAAAUGAACAAUUCUAUAACGGCGACGACGACAACACCGACUUCUACAACGAGAGGGCGUCCCGCAAGAGUCGAUUAGACGACUCCAGUCCUUACUGGAGCAACGACGCCGACAACGAAUUCCACGACAAAGCCCAAUCCUCCAGUGGCGGCUUUUACAACGUCCACUUUGACAACCGCAAUGGCGACGCUGCCGCUGCACCCGAACCCUUGGCGUGGGAACGUUGCGCGACGGACGCGGGUGUCGUCCAAGUGCUCUUGCCCCCCGCGUCGGUUGCGCUCCCCACCGCCGUCCUACACUUUGUCGGCGGGACUCUAUUCGGCAGUGCACCCUCCGUCUGGUACCAGCAAUUACUCCGGGAUCUCGUCCAACACACCAACGUGGCGGUCCUGGCCACCAGUAUUCCCGUCACGAUACGGCAGUCGCCGUUGCAGCACGUGGCUCUCGCCCGGACCGUGCAACGCCAGUUCCGAACCGCGUGGCGGGACGUGCUGCUGGACGAGUACGGCGAAGACGUACGCCACGUGCCCGUGUGUGGCGUGGGGCACUCGUUGGGGGCCCGACUGCUCGUGGUGUUAGCCACGUUGCCGCCGGAUACGCGACCCACCAAAGCCUGGCGACCGCCGCCUUACCAAUCCUACAUUCUGAUUAGCUUUACCAAUUACGGCGCGGCAGCGGGUAUUCCUGGAAUCUAUCAACUCGGCAAGGCGAGUCGAAAAGUGGCGCGCAACGAAUGGUACGACGAGGACGAGGACGAAGAUUGGGGGGAAUUGGUGGAAGAGCUCCAAUCCGCGCUGCGGGAUCAAGCGGCCAAAGUGCAAUCCGCAUUGACACCCAAAUCCACCGAUCUUGAAUUCUUCCCGACACCGGAACAGCUAUGGAAAGCCCUACAGGAAGACCAUCGCUACACAAUCCCACAAACGUUAGUGGUACAAUUUGACGAUGAUGACAUUGACCAGAGUUCCAAACUGGCGUUGGCGAUACACAGUCCGGAACGAGCGAGCUUGGUCAGGUUUGCCCGUCUCCGUGGGACACACUUAACCCCCGUGUCGGUUCGGGAUGAUAGUCAACCGGACGGUUACGGCAGCAGGGCUUGGUGGAAACAGCUCAAUUCGAGCGCCUCCCGCAUCCUAGGCAAACUCUUGGCGUCACGGCGACAAAGACGACCCAACGGAGAAGCCCUGCGUGAGUUACGACAAAGUAUGGCACGGUAUAUUACCGAAAUUGUAACCAAAUAA